CCCCAAGACUUUCAAAAGAAGGAUCGCGCUGCCGGGGAAACCGCUGAGCUGUCAGCGCGUAACAUAAAACCGAAAAUCUCCCGAAGUGCAUGUGUUUGUUUUACACGAUCUGUGAGCCGCCCAAGGAAGUGUCUAGAAAAAUCUUUGAUCCGUCUGCGGAAAAGUGAUCGAACGGAGUCGGUGAAAAGUUGAUUUAAAACAAAACUUGUGACUCUAACCGGAGGAGAUUAUUCCAACUCCAUAAAAGGAUAUAAUUUCAGCACUGUGACUGCCUGUGAGAAGCGCGAUGUCUGCCAUGGUAAACUGCUACAACCGGGGAUGUGGCCAAAAGUUCGACCCCAACAAUAAUACCGAAGAUUCCUGCAUCCACCAUCCGGGUGUUCCGUUUUUCCACGACGCCUACAAGGGCUGGUCCUGUUGUAACAAAAAGAGCGUCGACUUCACCGAGUUCCUCAACAUCAAAGGCUGCACCCAGGCGAAACACUCCAACCAGAAGCCGCCGGAACCGGAGAAACCCAAACAGGACGUGGUCAUCGACGAAGAGCCCCCGGCCCAAAAGAUCCCCGAGCCGAUCCGAUCCACGCUGCAGCGACCUCCCUGGGAAAGCCCUAUGACCACGCUGGAUCCCUCGGUGGCACCCGCUUUCAAGAAGCAAAUCGACGAACUUCCGGUCGGUCCCGCCGUAGCCAAGAAGACGAGCACCGAUCCGGCGGAGGUAAAACCUGGCACGGCCUGUAAAAACGGCGGAUGUACCUACUCGUUCGAAGGCAGUAAAAACGACUCGAAACCGUGCGUUUACCAUCCGGGGGUGCCGGUGUUCCACGAGGGUCUCAAAUUCUGGUCUUGCUGUCAGAGGCGAACGUCAGAUUUCACGGCGUUCAUGAACCAAGCCGGGUGCGAAACCGGAAGCCACAAGUGGACCAGCGACGACGAGGAAUCCAAAGCGGUCAAGUGCCGGAUGGAUUGGCACCAGACGGCCACCCAGGUCGUUGUGACGGUCUACGCCAAGAUGUACGACUACCGCAAAAGCAUCGUCCAGCUCAAUCCGAUCCGGCUGGCCAUGACGCUGGUGUUUCCCCAGCAGAACAACCACGAGUACAAUGUCGAUCUGGAACUGCGGGGCGUGGUCGAUGUCGCCCGAUCGAAGGUACAAAUGUUCGGAACCAAGGUGGAAGUGACCCUGAUUAAAGCCGAACCGGGAAGUUGGGCCAAGCUGGAUUUCCCGCGGGAGAAGAAACCCACCGCAGCCGAGCUGUAUCAACGGCAACUGGAGGAACAACAGAAGACCGACCAACAGGAGGAUGGCGAUUCCGAUGUGGAUUUGAACGACAUUGAACCGACUUUCCGUAUGGCCAGUCUCAAGGAGGUCAAGUAGGUAGGUGGAGCAAAACGUUCUCUAUUAUACAAUUAUAUAUUAUUACUGUAGUUAGCCAUCGGUUCGGCGAUAGGUCUCCAAGACUCCCGGUCGCGAAUAAAUAUUGAAAAUAUGCAAA